AUGAGAACAUCUUCAGUAACUGCAACAAACAAAAACACAUACAAAUAUUUUUAUUUUGCUUUUAAAUAUGGAUGUUGUUCGUGUGAUCAACAUUUCAUCUAUAGAUUAGCAGAAGUGCUACUUAAUGAUAAUAAUUACAAGAUUGAGCGUGAGCAACGAAGCGUCAAUACCAAUCUUUUUUCAACUACUACAAAACAAUACCAUCCCUGUAGUAAGCAAUCUGUAACAUUACCAUUACCAUUACCUUCAACAAUCAGUCCAUCAUCAUUCCACUUCUUAGUAUUAUAA